UCUUCUCCCAGGUUCAGUCAUAUUACCCCCACAGAUUCUCACCUCUAUAAAUACCUGAUCUGGAUUACCUUAUCUUCCAUCGAAUCAUCUGCUUCGAUAUAUCAAACAACACCAACUUUACCAAACAUUUCAACUAGCUCGAGUCUGUGUUGCAUGGGAGACCCCAAUUCCACCACCAGCACUGUGUACGGUGCUGCAACUUCUGCCUACAGAGGCGUCCGCAAGCGGAAAUGGGGCAAAUGGGUGUCCGAGAUUCGCGAGCCCGGGAAGAAAACCCGAAUUUGGUUAGGGAGCUUUGAGACACCUGAGAUGGCUGCCGCAGCAUACGACGUGGCCGCAUUUCAUUUUCGAGGACGUGAGGCCAGGCUCAACUUCCCCGAACUUGUCAACUACCUGCCACACCCUUCUAGCUCGAGCCCUGACGACAUACGCAUGGCUGCUCAUGAAGCGGCCCUAAAGCUGAGGAGCAACGAUGGUGACACUGAAAACUCGGGGAUGGCAACAGAUCAUUGUGAGAUUGGGAGCUCUAGCUCGAACGGGGUAGCUCCGGUGACGGUGAGGCUGUCGCCGAGUCAAAUUCAGGCGAUUAAUGAGUCGCCCUUGGACUCGCCCAAGAUGUGGAUGCAAAUGUCUGAAACUCACAUGUUUGAGGAAUCCAUGAUGUUCUCUAAUGACUACGACGAUGAGGGGAUUAACAUUAACCAAUGGGGUAAUACGCUACAAGAUUCUCUGUGGGAUCCUUAGGUAAGGCCUUUGCAUAUAUAACACAAAUGACAUAAUCACGUACUAUAUUUUAUCAUCAUAUCGGGUUUUUUCAAAAAAAAAAAACAUCAUAUCAGACAGUUACGUACUUUGAAUUUUAUAACUAGGUGUGACCAAGUUUGACCUAUAUAUGUUUCUGUCAAUCGGUGCUUUUUUAUACUGUGAAUCUCGUUUGAUCUGA